UUUGGCUUUUUAUGGCCAUUUUCCUUCUCAGAAUUUCCAGAGAUCAAUGUGCAGACAUAAUCGGAGGGAGAGAAUCCAUUCCACACUCAAGACCUUUCAUGGCCAUAGUCCAAGGAGAACACAUGUGUGGAGGAACAUUAAUCAAAUCAAAAUGGGUGUUAACUGCAGCCCACUGCGAAUUCAAUGAAACCGUCAAAGUCAUUCUUGGUGCUCAUUCACGGAAUAAGACAGAGCGUUCGAAACAGACCAUUGCAGUUGCCAAACAGAUUCCUCACCCAGGCUUUGUUUUCAACACAUCGGAUAAUGAUCUAAUGCUGUUGAAGCUUAAGCGUUCAGCCAAGAUUAAUAGAUAUGUGUCCAUCAUCAAGCUCACUCAAACUUCUGCUGACAUAAAAGCAGGUACUCGGUGUCUUGUAGCUGGCUGGGGAAGAAUUCACAAGAUACUCCCGAUUCAUUCUGAUACACUGCAAGAAGUGAAUGUUACCGUCAUUGACAGAAGAAUCUGUAGUGAUCACAACCAUUAUGGUUCCUCCCGCCAUCUCAUAACAAAGAAUAUGGUGUGUGCUGGUGACAAAAAAGGCAGGAAAGAUUCAUGUUCGGGUGAUUCUGGUGGCCCUUUGAUAUGCAACGGGGAACAAAAAGGCGUGGUUUCUUUUGGAGAAGGAUGUGCAGACAGUCGCUACCCUGGUGUUUAUGCUCGUCUUGGAAAGAACCAGCUUGACUGGAUAAGGAAAAUCACAAGGGGUUACUUGUAGAUUGGUUUUUUGUGGGAGGGAAACUAUGCAUUUCUUUUAAAUUUCUUUGUUUCUUCUUCUUAUGUCUGUGUUGUUCAUCCUAGCAAUAUCCUAUGAGGUGCUUCAGCUGCUGCCUAUCAACCACUUAAUAGAAUCAUACUGUGUAAUGUGUUUUAAAGGAGAGGCCAUGAAAAGUGCAUAAUCUCAUAUGAGGUUUAGAUGCCUGGGUUCAUUUCAACUGCUGUAUUAUAGAGAAAAGGCAUCUUUGGCUUGAUGAGAAAGAAAUGUCAGCUGAGCCGGGAAAAGGGAAAACAACAAUGAGAUGACUUAAAGAACAAUGUGAAUGGUUACAGCCCCUUUCCCUUUCCAUGUUUUUAGGAUAGGGGAAGACCAACUUGCCAUUUGUUUGCUUCAUUAAAAGCCUUAAAGAUUUACAAGGCAAACUUCAGGGAGUUCUCCUUGGUCUAAAUCCGAAUGCUAAUCCCAAUUACAGUAACUUCUUUAUAUCAAUGAAGUUGAGAUUAAUGUUGGCUUAUCAUUCAACAGUUAAUUCAAUUAGUUAAUUUUAGGUGGCGAUGACAGGCAAAAUCAAUCUAAGCCUACUGUGCCUUAUAGUUGGCUGAUUUAGCCCCAUGGAUUUUGCGAUUGCUUGAAGCUAUGCUUUAUCAAAUGCUGGUAUUGUUUUGUUCUGAGAAUACUGCCAUAGUUCCUUGGAAUGUGCUUGAUGCCAAUUCUCACACAAGGUCAUUUAGAUGUGAUAUCUACCUGCAGAAAUGUAGAAGCCAAUGAAGAAGCUAUUGUGGCAGCAGAAUAUGACCCAUCUACUAAUGUUGGAGCAGGUGGCAGAGAGAAAGGAAAAUGUUGUUGGUUAGGAGGUUUUAAAAAGACUUGCAAAUUGAUAAAUGUCUAUGCUUGCUUUAUGAAUGAUCAGCACCUAUUUCUGCAGAAACUGAAUAAAAGCUUUGUUUUCAUCAUCA